AUGGUUGGACUCGUUGCCGCGAGCUCCAAGAAGAUCUACGACCUCCGAGAUAAGUUGAAUAAUGCUCCAAAGGAUGUGGAAGACCUCUUGGAGCAACUUCGGACCUUCGAAAGCCUUCUUACGGAACUGAAUACGCAGUUGCAAGAUCACCAGAAUUCUGCUCCACCGCAAGAGACGCUUCAGCAAUUGUGGGGAAGUUCAGUCGCACAGAUGGAGCGAGACGUGCAGAGCUUACAAACCGUCCUCUCUAAAGUUGAACCUCUGCUCAAGAAGAAGUUGAAGAGCUCGAAAAUGCUGCUGCUAGCUCGUCAGAUACUUAGUGAGAAGGAGGUUGAACAAUAUCAGAGGAAGAUCGAUACACAUUGUGGCACUUUGACGAGCAUACAAGCGAUGGUCUGUGGCCGAAAGCUCGAUAAACUCUCCCAAAGUAUCAUCCAACUUGGCGACGAAGAUAGGACUGGCUUCCGGACUGCUUCCUCUCAACUUUCACAAUCCACGAGUCAACUGGGUGCUGAGUUCAAGGAUGGCUUAUCAAGGGUAUCGUCUCAACUUACCGGUACCGAGUCGGCGAAUGAAGUAAGACAUCAGACUGUUCUCGCUCACUUGGACGGUCAUGCCAAAUACGAUGAGCUCAAUACUGAGAAGAUGGAUGAAGUCUUCCAGCAACAGGGUAGGUCCAUCGAUAUGAAUGAAGCAGGCUUUCAAGCCAUUCAGUCCAGCCUGAUCGCCGCAUCAUCAUCCAAUUCCAAAGAUCACAACACCACUCAUGCUAUGCUCAGUCAAUGUCAGGGCCACUUACAGCAAAUACUCAGAAAUCACAUCACCUUCGGAACAGUUGAACACAGCGUACAUUUGCCGUCAACCCGCCCUAAAGCCUUGGAUUCUGCCACUUCAGAGACUACAGUAUUCUGGAACCAUCGAUUCCACCGCUUGCCGAUCGGAUCGCUGCAGAUCCGUCUGAUUCAGACUCGACAAACUAGGGAUUCGAGACGCUCGACCCCACAAGUGCGCACAAAGUCAAAAAUCGCAGUGGAAUUUGCGCCACCACGGUGGCUGUCAAGAGUCGCGAUCAGAUACAGUAUGAAGCUGAAUUGCGAUUUGAUCGGGAGCCAGUGGCGCUGGGGGGCGACUUUGGAGCCUCUGACGGUCAACUAUAACUCAUGUUUUAUAAAUGCAGUCAAAAAUCUUGAUGUUGAGGGUGUGCGAACGUCGUUCGCAGAAGGUCUAGCCAAACCAACGCAUUACAUGUUAGAUGGCUUUGGUCAGCCCAUGCCUUGGUAUUGGCAUGCCAGCGUGCGAACCUACACUGAUCAUGCUUAUCAUCAAUUAUCUUUGAUGUUCGAAUUUCUGGGGGAAAACGGUCUUCCGCGCCAGGAAUUUUUCUUCUCGAGGCUCCUGCAGAAGACGGCACUCGACGAGCGAAACCUUCUACGGAACCAUGUAAACAGCUACCUAAAACAUGGUGGCAGAUUCUUGACGGCGCAAUCAGGAGUCUUUGAGCAUGUCUUUAUCCGAAGUUCACUGGGCCGUAUUGACUGGUUUCCGGACUUUUUAUUCAACUCAUCGGAACCAUGGCUGAUAGAUGACUUCUCGUCAUUACAGAUACGUCUCAUAGGCAUCUUAGCCCAUGUAGACGCAGUCUUUCAUAAUCGGCUGAAGAGAGAACUGGCUAGCUACCGUACGACGGCUUCAUUAGGUCGAACACCUUUUGUGGACAAUCUGUUUGAAAUUACCUUCGGUACAGCUUCCAUCGAAAGUCACUUUCGUACAUUAUCACAAGAUCAGCCGUAUCAUUUCUUGUCACUGUUAUGCAGAGCAGGCGCAAUUGUGAUGAUGAAAAUCUUUAUCGCAGUUGGGUUUGAUGUCAAUGGAGGCAGCUGGAGGACCAACUUACUAGGAAAUGCAGCAGCGACCGAGAACAUAGAAGUUGUUUGCAUGCUCCUUGAAGCCGGUGCAAAUGGCUCUUUAGCCUUGAAGAUCUUCCUGGAUGAAAGCGAGCAUCUCUCCGAUGCACUUUUCAGGCGACUUCUUGGAAUGCUAGUGGGAACUGCCGGGCCUGCAUCAUUUGAGUCGAUCCAAGACCUUUUGUGUAGUAUCUUAAAAUCGCGUAGGGCGCUCCAUCUCCACCCUAAGGCGCCAGAAAUCCUUCUCAACCGAAAAGGUUUCGGAGGAGGAACUAUCAACCAAGCCCCUUGGAGAGAGUACUGGUACAAUUACAUGUUUCUUGCUAUCUCAGGAAAAAGAUCUUUCAUGGUCGACCUUCUCCUGCAAAAUGGAGCACAUGCCAACGCUCAAAUAUCACAUUUUAUUGAUUGCAAAGGGUGUUGGUUCGAAUCAUGUACAUGGAUAACAUUUUCCGUAAUGUACGGUGCGGCAUCUUGUACUGAUGUUCUCAUUCAACAUGGGGCAGAUGUCACUGCUUUGGAUGGAGCUGACAGGUCUGCAAUUCAGCUGGCCAGAAUUAACGCGUCGGCUUCACAUCCUCGCCGUCCGUCUUUCGGCUCAUGGUGGACCGUCACAGCUGAAGAAGACGCAGAGACUUUAGUUGCGGCGGAGCGGGCCUUCGGCCUCAAACUUCAGGGCACAACGAACCUAGAACACUACAUUCAACUCAGCAACGAACCCACUCUUCAACUUCCCCCACGGCAAGACGAACCUGUGUCGAUACUUCGAAAGACGUUGGAAAGGGCUCUUGCAACCGUUCUCACUCCAUUUCAAACAGCGAUCCUCCAUGACCGUCUCAGGGUUCUCUAUCUUGAUAUCAGAAAAACUUGGUCGUUGCCGUUCUAUGAAGCCUUACUCAUGAGAUUCAUCUACGUCUUGUCAUACAUACUAGUUCUUGCUUGGUUGAUAUACGCCUUCAUCAAAGGCCACAAGCGCAUCCCAAUGCCAUCUAGGUCUCUUCUGUCCGCGGCCGCGCGCCUGAAAGGGGUCCGCGGACUCGGUGUGCAAACUCAGAAGGAGUUGCAGAUCGAGCAGGCGGGGAUGCUGGGUCGGGGGCAUCGGGAAAUUCAACACCGGCUUCGCAAGAGAAGAGGGGGAAGCGCAGGCACUGCUCGAUUAGAAAUUAGAGACCAAGAAGCUCAGGCGAACGUUCACAUGGCGCAUGUCGGAGGUCUUAGUAUGAAAAGCUGGGAGCUGAUAUCGAAGCUUCCAUCUACCGUCGACGAAAUCUAUGAAUUCUUUACCCCAUCAGGCUGUGGUGCAGCUGCUUCCAAGUCUGCGAGCGAGACCGCUGUGGGGGUGGCAGCUGCCUUUCCAGCCGUGCCUUCCAUCGGAGCAGCAGGUGCAUCAGCGGCCGUGGUAGCCUCAAUGAACGCCGCAGACGCUGCGGUAAGCUCACUAACAUUGUCAUCAUCAUUGGCCUCACUCUCAUCCUUCUCCUCGUCUCUUUCAUCAGCGACGGCGUCUUCCACCCUGUUCAGCGCGGUGUCAAAAUCAACCACUACCUUGCCUUUCACAUCUAAUAAUAAGCCGCAAGAUCAUGUCAUACGGCAAACAAUUGCUGGUGGCAUCGCAGUCCCAAUUGUCGUGAUUGCAGCUACCUUUUUCAGAGUGUGGGCUGGGCGGAAAUCUCACAAGAGGAACCGGGGUACGGUCGUGGAGGCGACGCCUCCCGAUGAAAAACAGGUUUGA